UGAAACAUUCUAAUUUCUGUUAAACAAUCUAAAUAAUUAUUGAACACAACCAAAAAUAAUGCAGAUGGCGAGCGUUGGAGAUACCGAUAAUCCAUUUGCAGCGCUGCUCCAACAAGCAGCGGACGCUCCUGCAAAUGGCAUUUCUAAGCAGCUGAUUGAAUUCAUAUUGCUCUUUACCCUCAACAAAGAUGUGGAUCACAGUCGCAAGCAUUCGGUGCUGUGCCUCGCCGACGUUGUUGUUGCCGACAACACCGAUAACAUGGGGACACUGAACGAAGAUCUCGUUGCCCAUGCACUCUUCGAGCGUCUCAUGAUCAACGAUCUAGCACAAUAUCUGGUCACACCGUUUCAAAGUACGCAGGGUAAGGACGAAGCUUUGCAGCGGCACUCGAUGAAGUAUUUACAUGGCGCCUUCAAUCGCUGCGAAAGCAAGCUACAGAAGCCGAACAUCAGUGAACGGGACAAAAAGGAUUGCGAGAAGAUACUGAAGCUGAUCUUUAAUAAUGCCAGCACUUGCAUGCGACAGCCGGAUUUGUUUUUGCCGCAAAUAUUUCAUCUGCAGUGGCUUGAUCUGUUCGAUCAGGCGGAUGAGCAUGAUACGAGUGUGCAGGAGUUUCUUAUACGCGUCUGUGACAAGGUGCUCGAGGAGGAUGAACAGGAACUGGAAGCACUGGGCGCUUUGAAGGCCAUCUUUUAUCCCAUGUUGCGCUUUUUGCAGAAGCAGCUGGUCAAGGACAAUUUGAUCACCAUACGCAAGAACCUCUUCUGGAUAUUGGGUUAUUUUGUGCGCGAAAAGCGCGCCGGGAUGUUGGGUGAACUGCUCAUCGACUACACCACUCCCAAUCCCAAGGCAAAGGGUGGCGACUACAUGACCACUUUGUUUGGCCAGCUGCUAUGUGUCUCCAUCAUGCCCAAGACACAGUCGGCACCCUAUGAAUUCUUUCGCGACAUCUCACUGGUUUCCCAGCAAACGGAUCCAUCUUUGUGGCAACUGUUGGCACAUCAUCAACAGCAAAUAUUUCUGCUGAUUAAACAGCUGCUCGUCCAGACGCCCGAAACCAAGAGGAAAACGCUACAGUGGAUCGCCAAUUGCUUGGAUGCGAAUGUGGCGCGUGGCCAUCUGUGGAGCACCAUCAAUCUGAACAUGCAGCAGACGGUGCACAGCACAGCAAGUGAUGCGUUCAUGACCAGCCUGAGUGCGGUGCUGAUGCGUCUUUGUGCGCCGCUCUGUGUGCCUGGCAUGAAGGUACUGCUGGUGGAUCCCACUUAUUGUGCCGUCUCAACCAUUGAGGAACGCCGCGCUAAGGGCGUCAGCAUGCUCAAGGCCUAUGAGGAGACUUGUCUGCUGCCCGCUGAGGAGGGCGAACAACGCCUCACGGCAGCCAAAUACAAUUUCAUCACCGAAAUCUUCUACUUGGCGCACAAAGCCUUCGAGCUGGGCAAUCGUGCGUGCAUCGAGCGCAUGACACGCAUGAUGCGUGAGCUGCAAACCACACAGACAGCUUACCAGGAGGUAGCUACGCGUGAUCCCAACAACGAUCUAACCAAGAAUCUGUUGCGCAUGCUCCAAGAGCAGAUGCAGCAAGUGCUCUGCAUACGCAACGGUUUGGCGGAGCCCGAAAAUGAUGCUGCCAUCUUGCGGUUCUUUGAGGCCUCGGCUAUUUGGUUGACGGAAAUUGCAAUGAUGCCACGCGAGAGUUACGAAACGGCUCUAGACAAAAAGGACUUUGCGCCGCAGCUUCUGCGCAAUCUGGAACUAUUGUCAGAGACGCCACCAUUUGUGGCGCCAUACAUGAAAUCGGUGCCAGAGAAUAUCAUUGAUAAUAUUGCUGCGUAUUUGAAUUUCUGCCGCAAUUUCUCGGGCGAUCAAUUCAUACAGAUGUACACCACAUCACACGAUGCCUUCUUCAAGAUGAUACUGCUGUUUAUGGGCAGCUCGGAGCUUGUCAAGAAUCCGCAUUUGCGUGCCAAGCUCGCGGAUGCCUUGGAAUUUCUGCUGCCCACGCAAAUCUCCGGCAGCAAUCGCAAAGCAUUCAUCACACAUGUCUUUGAUAAUCAUCCGGAUCGACUGCAAGUUGUGCGCAGUCUAUUGAAUGUGUUUGUGAGCAUUGAGAUGACGGGACAAUCGGUGCAGUUUGAGCAAAAAUUCAACUAUCGUCGUCCCAUGUAUGCCAUCAUGGAGUUCCUGUGGACCAAGCAGGAGCACAUCGAAUGCUUUCGACUGCUGGCCAGCGAAGCUGAGGCGAAUAUGGAGGCAAUUGAGCCGCCUAUCUUUUUGCGUUUCAUCAAUCUGCUGAUCAACGAUGCCAUUUUUCUGCUGGACGAAUCGCUGUCGAAUCUGGAGCAGAUCAAGCAGCUGCAACGUGCCCAGGACAAUGGCGAAUGGAACAAUUUGUCGCACAGCGAGCGACAGCAACAAACAACGAAUCUACAACAUUUGGGCAUGUUGGCGCGCUUCGACAACAUUUUGGGACGCGAUACCAUCAACAUACUGAAGCUGCUGACUACAGAAAUCAAGAGCAUCUUCUGCCACAACAGCAUGGUGGAUCGCAUUGCGGCCAUGUUGAACUAUUUCCUACUGCACCUGGUGGGCCCACAACGCGAACGCUUCAAGGUCAAGGACAAGAAGGAAUUUGAGUUUGAUCCGGCACAAACGGUGCUGGAGAUUGCACACAUUUACAUUAAUCUGAGCAGCGACAAUAGCUUCUGCUUGGCUGUCUCACAGGACGGACGCUCCUAUAGCGAUCAAUUGUUCGGCUAUGCGGAGAACAUCUUGAUACGCAUUGGCGGCGGUCAAUUGAUUGGCGACAUGGCCGAAUUUGCGGCCAAGGUUCAGAAGAUGGGCGCCGACUACAAGGAGGAACAAGAGUUGCUCGCCGAUGCACCCGAAGAGUAUUUGGAUCCAAUUAUCAGCACACUAAUGACGGAUCCUGUGGUGUUGCCCAGCUCAAAGGUAACUGUGGAUCGUUCGACGAUUGCACGGCAUUUGCUGAGUGAUCAAACGGAUCCAUUCAAUCGGGAACCACUUACCAUGGACAAGGUGAAGUCGAAUGAGGCGCUGAAGCAGCAGAUCGAGCAGUGGAUUGAGAGCAAACGCAGCGCAGCGCGUGAGAAGAGUUGAGGGGCCAAGUGAGCGGAAUAUGGAUGCUGCUGCUGCAUCACCAAAGAAUCAGGCGUUUUACUCGAGAAAAUUCCAAUAUAAAAAAUGAAUACCAUGUACAUAAGCUAGAGAGCUUGGCAAAUUCUUUUUUCCACUAGUUCAAUCGUCCUUUAGUCGAAGACGGAAAUGCGAUUUAGUUGUAAUACAAGUGCGAGUCUAUAAAAAUAAUCAUCAAAUGUUUAUGUAAAUAUGUUUUCAUUAAAUCAAAUAAAAAAUAUUGUGCAAAUGGAGGUAGAAA